CGUGCGAGUGAGAGGAGACUCUGACUUACACGCGGCCGCGGACUCCCUGCAACUGCAAGGUAAAGUUGGGCGGAAAGACAACUUCGCAAGUCGUCCGCGCCAGGAUGGAUGCUUUUCACGCCUAAUCAUCUUACUCGGAAACAACUAUCUGGACGUCAUGUGACCAUCACUGUUGUAAGAACUGGACGGAAUUAACGAUUUAAAAAUUCCCAAGCAUUUUAUAAAGUUGCCUAACAGGAUACAUAGGAGAUUACAAAUGCUGGAGGUGUAUUUCUUUACUUUAUGAAUAUCUAUAGGCAGAGGGGGAACAAGCAAACAUUAUAAUGAGUCCCGCAUUAAGGACUGAAAUUCAACAAAAAUGAAAAGCAUACGGUUAAGGCACGAUUCUGAUGAAAAGGCAUUUUGACAGGCAAAGGAGGAUGUGCACAGGACAUAAAGUGGACAAGAGGGGACCCGGGGAUCUGCGUGUCUGAGCUGAUGCGAAUCUUCACCUGGACUCGCACGAACGGCGGCACCUACAAAAUUAACUGCGUGCUGAAACCCCCUUAUUACAUCGUGUAUUGCACAUAUAAUUUUAACGUCGUCGCUGCUCUGCAGGUUUACAUGUAAAAGCAAACGGCUCCCAAGAGCCUCGGAGUAAUCUCAUUUUUACGAUCAACAUUAAUCAAUUGGGUUAAGGCUAUUCGUUUUCAGUCAGUUUAUUCAAACUUCUUCAGAUGCCGGAAUAUCAAAGGACUGAAUAACUAUGCUGGAACUUUUAACACAACUAGAUUAUACGAAAUAGGCUAAUAGGUGGAAUAAAAAGGCAAUAUUAUAUUGAAUACUUGAGCGAAUGUUUAAUUGAAUUAAGCUCAUUUCCAAUCAAUCAAAAUCAGGGAUCAGGGGGUUCGGAGUUUCAAAGUGCAAAAAGAAUAUUUUUGUCACUUUAUUCCCCCUUUUUCCCCUUAAUUUGUAAUUCUGAAUCCCGAGGUGGCUCCGCAGUGGUGUUGCGGCCCCUCGUCCGCGGCGGAUCCGGAGAACGGAGGCUCUGCAGCGGGAGGAGGCGGCGGUGCAUCCCCUGCUACACCGCAGGGUCCAAAAACCGGUCGUCUGAAAAGGAUGGUUCGCUUGGCGGCAGAGUUAUUGCUGCUGUUGGGACUGCUACUUUUAACUUUACAUAUUACGGUGUUACGGAGCAGUCCAUUGCAGCAAGGGAACGCGACUUCAAGCAACGACCAAAAUGAGCUGCCUGUGGAGAGCAGAAACCAUGACGAGAGCAGCUCCUUGACCUGGCUGGCCCAUGGAGAGCGCCGCUCCGCUCCGUCUGCCCGCCAACAAGCCCAGCACCAUGGCUCAGGCAGCACUUUGCAAAGGGAUGGACCCGGAGCAUUCCUCUUUGACCUCCACAAUUUCCCUGACCUGUCCAACACAGACAUCAAUGGACAGAACCCCAACAUUCAGGUGACGAUCGAGGUGGUGGAUGGGCUGGAGGUCCCAGAGCCGGAGAAGGAUCUUCGCAAGGAGAGCAGAGCGGGCUGGGCCACACCCAACUGGAGGAACUGGUGGCAGCACUCAGCCUCGGCCCCCGGCCACAGACCCGGAGAGCAGGACUACCCAUACAACGGCGAUACUGAUGACAGCAACUUCCUGAAGCCGCUGAGGGACUGGGAGCGCCGCGGCGGGGCUGGCAAGGCGCACGCGGAGUAUGAUUACAUGGAUGGGGAGGGAGACUGGAGCGCCUGGUCGCUGUGCAGCGUCACCUGUGGGAAUGGGAACCAGAAGCGCACCAGGUCGUGUGGUUACGCCUGCACGGCUACGGAGUCCCGCACCUGUGAUGCGCCAAGCUGCCCAGGGAUCGAGGACGCCUUCAAGACAGCCGCCACGGAAGUUAGUCUGCUGGCUGGGACCGACGAGUUCAACGCCACGGAGCUCUUCGGUGUCGACACGGACAGCUGCGAGAGAUGGAUGAACUGCAAGAGUGAAUUCCUGAAGAAGUACAUGCUGAAGGUGGCCAACGACCUGCCCAGCUGCCCGUGCUCCUACCCGACCGAGGUGGCCUAUGGCACGGCCAGCAUCCACGACGCUACCACCAGGAAGGACUUCCGCUGGAAAGAUGCCAGCAGUCCCAAGGAGAAGCUGGAGAUCUACAAGCCGACGGCACGCUACUGCAUUCGGUCCUCGCUCACCCUGGAGUCCACCACGCUGGCUGCACAGCACUGCUGCUAUGAUGACACAAUGAAGCUCAUCACACGCGGUAAGGGUGCCGGCACUCCCAACCUCAUCAGCACGGAGUUCUCCGCCGACCUGCACUACAAGGUCGACAUCCUGCCCUGGAUCAUCUGCAAGGGCGACUGGAGUCGCUAUAACCAAGCCCGACCACCCAACAAUGGCCAACGGUGUGACGACAACCCACUGGAUGAAGACUACUACAGGCAGUUCGAGGAGGCCAGGGAGUUCUGAAUCCAACGGGAAAGCAGCACAAAAGGGUCAGCGGGUGGGCAUGACAGAGGUUGAAAGACUCAAAGAAAAGAAAAGAGAUCUUCAGAGCUUGCAGAGGGUGCAGCCCGGCCAUUGCAAGAACUUCCAUUGAGUUGGGUGGGCCCCACACGCUUACCCGGCGUGGCCAGGAGCAGGGUACUGUGACACAGGCCCAACGGACCCCUUUAUCUCCUCCCAUCUCAUUUAAAUUCUUCUCGAGAGCAAGGGGCCCAUUCUGUUCGCCAUGGCAACGGCAACACGGAUAGCAAUUGGGUCCUUCAUGUAAAAUCGUAUAGCAUUCGAAGCUAUUUAAAGCUGUAAUCCAAGUAUUUUUCUUUUUUUUGUAAAUGUCAUGUCUGAUAUUUCAGUCAAGGGGAUUCGAUGGGAGUCGUUAGCAGAUAGAUGCAAAACAUUUCGGUUGCACCAAAGUGAAGGAUAUUAAAAAUUCUUCUGGUGGACUUCUUAGAAAAGCAGCUUUCUUGCUUGGCAUGCUCAGAAGGGCCUAAAAAGGAAGACGGACAACGCAGCUACUGAACAGAAACCAAGGACAGUGCGGGGGUCUCGGCGUCAGCCGGCACUGACGGAAGCGAGACGCGUCUCAAGGGAAAGUGAGCCAACACCUUCUCUGUCAUAAAAGCACAAGCCAUUCGUUUUGUUCUUCUCAAAAGGGAUGGUUAGUGACGACCGUCUGCGAAAGGGGAUUAUUUACAGGGAUGUAGAAACCAUGGGCAGAGGCCCUUCCUGUAUCCGGAGGGUCUGGCUCUUCCCACUAUCGCUUUGGGUAUAUUAUUAAGGUUCCCAUUGUAAAGUUUGUCUAUUUAGCGCCAAGUUUUUACAAAUCAUCUACAGUUGUAUUUUUAUUAUCACCCCUUAUAUUUCCCUUCCUUUCUGGAUGUACAAAAAAACCUUCACUAUUUUUGUAAAGUAUUUAUUAAGUUGUAGCUAUGUCCCGUACAUUGGGUAUAAUUAUGUGGUUAAUGUUUGAAGUAGGUGAUGCAUACUGAAAGACUUCUGAGAUGAAAGUUUUAAUAAAAACAACUAUAAGUUCUCAUUAAA